UUUUUGCAUCUUCUCGUUUUUGAUCGUUUUUGCCUCUAGAACAUGGCUUCGAAGCGUAUCUUGAAGGAACUCAAGGAUUUGCAGAAGGAUCCGCCCACAUCUUGCAGCGCUGGUCCUGUAGCUGAAGAUAUGUUCCAUUGGCAAGCGACCAUUAUGGGGCCAUCUGAUAGUCCUUAUUCGGGAGGUGUUUUUCUUGUCAAUAUUCAUUUCCCUCCUGAUUACCCUUUCAAGCCCCCCAAGGUUGCUUUUAGGACCAAAGUCUUCCACCCUAAUAUCAAUAGCAACGGAAGCAUUUGUCUUGACAUCCUUAAGGAACAGUGGAGCCCUGCGCUUACAAUUUCUAAGGUCCUGCUCUCCAUAUGCUCAUUGCUGACCGAUCCAAACCCAGACGACCCUCUCGUACCGGAGAUCGCACACAUGUACAAGACUGAUCGAGCCAAGUACGAAGCGAGUGCACGGAGCUGGACUCAGAAGUAUGCGAUGGGUUGAGAUGCAGUGUCGGUGAUGGUGAUGAUGAUGACGAUGGUGGGUGGGAUCUUUAGCAUGGCAUCCUUCUGUAUUUUCCUUGGUUUCUUGCAGUUAUUUGGGCUGUGUAGGUAAAAAGAAAAAAGAAGUUUUAUGCUGUUUUUUUAGCUUUGCCACUGAAAUUUAAUUUAUGAAUGAAAGAUGGAAGCAAGUGUCUAAGAUUGUCAAAUUAACUGGAUUGAACAUUCCCUCUUAAAUGGGGAUUUGAUGCAAGCACUUAUUUAUCUCAUUCCUAAGUUUUUUUUUUCC